ACAAAAUAGAUUUUAUGCAUUUAACUUCUCUUGCCGAAGUAGAUUGUAAAAUAUGUAAAUAUAUCGAGUAUAUCCCGACUAUGAGAUGAGAGCUUGAACUAUUUUUUGCUUUCAAGCUACUGUACACACAAUAGCCCUCUAAAUGAGACAAUUAGACUUUUCGUUUUGCGUGGUUUAGUAGUAGAGUGACACUACAUAAUGACGUAUUAAAGGGAUAGUGGAAUAACAUUACGAGAUGUGGCGAAUAUUCCUGUUCUCGUCGGCAAUUAAGCUACUUCUUCUGGAUACCUACCGUUCUACAGAUUUUGAGGUCCACAGAAAUUGGUUGGCCAUCACUCACUCUCUGCCACUUUCGCGGUGGUACUAUGAGGACACCUCGAUAUGGACUCUCGACUACCCGCCGGCGUUCGCUUGGUUUGAGUAUAUUCUCUCAUGCUUGGCUGUGUACUGGGACCCUGCAAUGCUGCAGAUUGCGAACCUGAACUACGCAUCCAGGAAUACAGUGCUAUUUCAGCGCUUCAGUGUCAUAGCGACUGAUCUGGUGUUGUACUAUGCCGUGACCCAAUAUGUAUCGACACAGUUUAUAACACAUCGACAGCGCCACACGUGCGUGUGCUUGGUUGUUCUUAAUUGCGGACUAUUGCUGUUGGACCACAUCCACUUUCAGUACAACAGCGUUCUACUGGGACUGCUCGUGUUGUCUAUAACCAGAAUACAACAGGGACGGGUACUAGAAGGAGCGUUCCUCUACACACUGCUGCUGAAUAUGAAACACCUAUACCUGGGCCUGGCCCCCGCGUUCGGCAUUUAUCUGUUGCGCAGCUAUUGCUUCACACAAAAAGGCAGCUUUGCUUAUAGACGUUUCUUACGCCUGGGAUUACUUGUGGUAUUCACCACCGCCCUGAGUUUCGGGCCAAUCAUCUUGUCCAUGGUUGCAUCCGCCACUUUACCUAUCUCUAUGGAAACUUCAGAUAGCAACGUUUACACGGUGCCAGCGAUGAAUACUGCCUUUAAGCAGAUUAUGUCGCGUUUGUUCCCGUUCCACCGAGGCUUGCUCCAUGCGUACUGGGCCCCAAAUGUCUGGGCUCUAUAUGCAUUCCUGGACAAAGUUCUGGUGGCGUGCAGGAAACUGAUUGGCCCACACAGCAAGCAUACCUCAAGCAGCCGUAGCAUGACCUCAGGAGUGGUUGGCGAGGCUGAGUUCGUUCUUUUGCCACAUGUCACACCUUCCGUGACGGUAGCCUUGAUUCUGGCUGCUCUAGUGCCAUGUCUUUGUGGACUAUGGUUAGCAUGUGUUCCCGAUCCAAACUGCGAGUGUGAGGCGGAGGGUGUGUCUGCCAGUACAUCUGGUCAAAAUAUCGGAGGGGAACCUUUGACCCCGAGUCCUGUUGUAGGGCAUGUCUCUACUACGGGGUUGAGACAGAGAGUCGGUUCCAAUCCCGGGACAGCCACUACACCGACAGGUACGGAAUCGGCUAUCAAGGCGGAAACCACAGAAAAUUAUGACAAAAUACACAACACUGGAAGAAAGAGUGGCGGAAGCGACGAUGACGCGGGAAGUGGACAACUCGGGAGAAUAGAGCAUGCGAAGGUCAAUGGCGAUCUGUUUCUCCGGGCGGUGGCUCUGUGCGGUCUCACAGUAUUUUUGCUGGGGUGGCAUGUGCACGAGAAGGCUGUGCUCACGGGCUUGUUGCCUGUCAUAUUGCUGUCCACCACGAAUGCUAACUUGCAAAGAGUGCUGAUGGUCUUGAGCUUGUCGGGGACAUAUGCGCUGUUUCCGCUGUUGUACAUGCCUCAGGAAGUACCGGUGAAGGCUAGUCUGCUAUUGCUGUAUACCGGCUACGCGUAUAUGGCAUUCAGUACCAGUUGCAAGGCAAAUGCAAUCAGCUCGCACACCACGUAUCUUUCGCAUCUGGAGGAUGCUUACAUGCUCGGCUUCCUGGGCCUGUGGGUGUACACAACGUUGCUCCACACCGCCCUUUUCGGAGAUGCGAUGGAGUUCGUGCCUCUUCUGAUGACGUCUGUGUAUAGUGCGCUCGGGGUGCUGUAUGCCUAUGUAUGUAUAUACGUAGACACGCUCGCGACAUGUAUGAGAGAAAACCGAAAGGCUCUAAUUAAGCGGGAAUAGUAUCAACUGGGGUGUUUUAGACUUGUUUGUUCGGUGGGAAUAGAGCAUCAAUCGACAACAAUCUGAUUGUAAUCAGACAUGCAAACUUUAAGCCUCCUUUCACCACACGUGAUUCCACACAAAGUUCGGCCGGACAUCUCUGCUAUCCCGGACAGUUAAAUUCAAGGCACUAAACAUAGUAAAUUUGACAUUGGAUCCGAUACGUGGAGUGGGACGGAAUCCUGGGAAUCAGCUCUCGCGUAGGUGGUUGUGCGAACCAAGGGUCCACCCCACAGAGGCGGUCCAGUAUACGAAGACGUGGACAGGGCAGGGCUCCCGAGACUUGUGUGCGGUCAAAUGCGGGUUUUUAGAUUGUAAACUGUAUCAAUCUAUAUGGACGAUAGACAACCAAAGAAUAAGAACGAAAGGUAAAUAAAAUAAAGUUAAAGUAACGG